CAGCGGGAGUACAUGAACGGCAGCCACCACUGGCUCGUCUUCUCAGACACUCCACUAGUGCCUGUAGAAGUGGACAAGCUGAGACUGCGGCUGGACAGCGAGCUGGUAUGGGUGACCAGGGAAAGUGGUUCGGGCACCUUCACCUUUCACGACCUCUACAAGAUAGACCACAACUGGCCUGUGGUUGACACAGUCACUGGGACCUGGCACAUGUCCACCGGUCUUCGGUACAACCUCGCCCAGUGGAAGUACCACCCCAGCCGCAGGGGCAACUUGCAAGGACUUAAUCUUUUGGGAGUUUUAAUUGUCACCAAUAUUUCAACUGAAAAUAUCCAUGAGGAAAUACUUAAACCAGAAACCAAAGAUAAAGAUUUGAUGGCAGUAUAUAAUUACCGGGUUAACAUGCAUAUCAGAAGAAUGUUUAAUUUUACGUGA